AUGUUUGUUUUGCAACUAGCCUUAAUUUAUCUUUACUAAUAUCACAGUAUAAUCUAAAUUUUACUUGAAUUCUAAGGUAAUUAAUUAUUAGCUUAACUUAAAACGAUAAACUAAGAAUUAAAUUUUGAUUAAUAAAUUGUGUUUACUGAAUUAAUUUUACUAUACCUAUCACUUUAACUAAUGUCAAAAACCACAAGUAAGUUCGAUUCUAAUACUUAAUUUGGUCAUAUUUUUAGGUUUCUUUUGUAUAAGUUUUGCUCCCUAACAUUCAAAUUUUCACCUUUUUCUGUAAACUUAGAGCACAUUGUAAAAGCCGUCAUUACCUAACAUUCUUGUUUUCAACUAUAAAAAGCCAAUUAAUUAUUACUAUUAUUAUUAAUUUUGCAUUAUCGCUCUAUUAUUCUUUAAUUUUAUACAGUGAUUUCCAUCUAUUAUUGUUUAUUUUAUUAAUUUAUUUAUUUUACCACUGCAUAAAUCAUAAUAAUAUUAAUUUUGUUCUAAUGA